AUGACGACUCCUGGCGUCCCUGUCGACCUGUAUUCGUACUGCCUGCUCCUGCAGAGCGAAAUUACUCGCCUCACCGACCGUCUCGACCGUCUUGAGUAUGGUGCGCCUGCUCCACCCCCUGCUCCCCCUUCCCCUGGUCCUACAUUCCACGGUGUCUGGGACGGCAGUCGCUGGGUUCUUCCAACAAUCCCGGCCCCUACCCCUGCCGUCAUCGCUGCGGCCCACACUUCCAUACCACUUGCCGAAACCUUCCCCCCUACUGCGCCCGACACUGUCACGCGCUUCUCUUGUACGCUUGUGGUGCCUGACUCGGCUGUCGGGCAUAUCGUGGGUCGUGGCGGCAAGGGUCUCCACCAAGCUCAUGACACUUCUGGUGCUCAGUUGCGCGCGUACUCUGAUCGCGCUGCGCCUGGCGAGCGCCGGGUCUCUAUCCGGGGAACCGACCAGCAAAUCGGUGAAGCGCUUAUUGCGCUUGGGAAACGGUUCAUGCGUAAGCGUGUCCGUGCGAAGAAGCAACGUCAGCCACCGUCUGCUGAGGGACCUGCUCCCCCUCCUCCUGUCGCGCCUGUGCCUGCGUCCCACGCCACUAAGAUGGAUGUCGACCGUGCUCCGCACCGCUCGUCCACUGUGCCCCGUGGCCAGUCUCAGGUGCCCCGCGCCCCCACUGCCGCACGUCCUGCCGCUCAUCCGAGGGCUUCGACUGCCGCCGGCGGGCCAGCUGGGCAUUCGCGACUGUCUUCUCCCCUCUUCCCGUCUACCCUACCCCCGUCAGCCCGCCGCCGCCACUACCCAACCUAUACGGGCCGCGGCUUCCACUCUCCCUACUCCCCAGCCUAA